GCGAGUGCCAGCUUCUGCAUUCCAACAUGGACGUCUGAGCCAGUCGGUGGGUGCCCGGUGGAGCGAAAUCAGACCGAGUCAAGUGCAGUAACAGCCCUUGAAGGUGGUUUUCGCGCCCCGGACGCGACCCUUUGUCACCUGAAUCAGGUGCAAGACGAAAGGUUCGGUCCGUGACGGUUUGUGGAUUUUUCGCGAGAACAGCUUCGAUCAUUGUUUUGAUGAAGCGCUGCUCGUCGCUCAAUAAGUUGUUCAGCUACAAACAGUCGCCGGGCAAACUGAAAAUGUGGAUCGCCAGCAAGGUGGACCUUUCGGCCCAAAUGGAGUCGGUGUUCAACGAGCUGCACGCCGAGUGUCGACACAACGCGCCCGGUUCGCGCCUCAGCAUCAACAUCAGGACCAAGUUGGAGCGAUUUCCGCGCGCCUACCGAAAGGAGAUCGUGAGUCGAGAGCUGCACGGGUGUUCGCCGCUGUUCGUGGCUUGCAAGCGCGGCCACGUGGACAUCGUCGACUACCUGCUGACAACGUGCGACGCGGACGUGGAGCAGCGCGGGCUUUUUGAGGUGCCGGACGACCGGUCGGUGCACUGCGUCUCACCGCUGUGGUGCGCCGCCGUGUCCGGCCGCCUCGAGGUGAUCAAGUGCCUGUUGGCGCACAAGGCGGACGUGAACGCUAUCUCUGACUCGGGCUCGACGCCGGUGCGCAGCGCCUGCUUCAUGACCCACCUGGACGUCGUGCAGCUGCUCGUCGAGAAUGGCGCCGACAUCCACCGUGCCAAUUACAACGGCGGCACCUGCCUCAUCAAUUCGGUCCAAUCCGUGCAGCUCUGCAAGUUGCUGCUCGAAAACGGCGCAGAGGUUAACACGAGAGACAUCCAGAACAAGACAGCCCUGCACUACGCCAUCCAGGAGCAUCGGCUGGAAACGACAAAACUGCUGCUGGCGUACGGAGCGAAUCCCUUCUACCGCAGCAGAUACAACGACGACGCCCUGCAAACAGCGUGCCUCAAGGGCGCCACCCUGAUUUUCGACCUGCUGGUCGAUAGCUACAGCUACCCUUACGAAAGAAUCGCCGACGCGCUCGAGUUGAUGGGCUCGACCUACCUGGACGAGCACAACGACACACAGAUGGCGCUCUACUACUGGGAGCGGGCCACCGAUCUCAGGAACAUGUACAGCCUUUACCCCAAGAACAGAGUCACCCCACACAGCCAGCAGCUGGCGUCGGCCAAAGCGGCCUACAAUGGCUCUACCGAGUUUGAGACUGAGGAGGACUUGCGCAGCAUUUCCUUGGACGUCGAUGAAAUGAGGAUCCAGUCGCUGCUGGUUUGCGAAAGGAUUCUGGGCGUGAAACACAAAGACCUGCUGUUCAGGCUAAUGUACCGAGGGGCUGCGUACGCGGACGCCCUGCAGUACCAGCGCUGCAUCGACCUGUGGCGUUACGCCCUCGAGGUCAGGGUGGAAAAGGACUCUAUUCUCUUCAACGACACUUGCUUCACGGCGCAGGCGCUUGUGAGGCUCUACCUUGACCUCCACGAGCGAAGAGCUGGAAACCAAAAUCAACAGUGGGGCCAACAGCCUGCCCACUUUAACGAGCAACUAAAAUUCAGUGAUGUGUACAAUACAACACUUGUGAUAGUUAGGGAAUUGAACUGCAGCAAGCGGCUAUUGGCUGUUGAGCCCGUGUACAAGAGGCAACAAGAGUCUUUCGACAGGAUUCUUAAGUGCUUAACCCAUCUAAUCCACCUUCUAAUUGCGAUCUCCGAAUCUGAAGCUGAUAGAUCUGCUACAAGAGAACUCGUUAGGGAAGCCGUGAAAUGUGAUCCACGCUCCUCGCACGGCGAUUCUCUGCUGCACCUGGUCGCAACCAGAAAUAACACCAUCAAGAGUACCUACUUCGCCGAUGACAGCGGCUACGUGUUCCCCAGCGCCGCGGUCGCGCGCCUCCUGGUCGAAUGCGGAGCCAACAUCGUCUCCCGCAACUACAGACACUGCACACCCCUCCACUUUGUGGCGUUACCUGCUAAUUACAACCAAGAGUUUGUGAAACUUCUGCUGGACAAUGGAGCGCACAUUGACCACCAGAACAACCUAGGAGAGACGCCUGCCGCCGCCCUCAUGGCAAACCCCGUUUGCACGCUGCCCCUGAUGAAGCAUACCUCUCUCAAGUGCCUGGCCGCGUCGGUCGUGGUCAACCACAAAAUCUCAUACUUAGGAAUUGUUCCAACUACGGUAGCCCACUUUGUCCGUCGACACGACACUUACUAGCCAUACUAGUGAAUACAAAUUAUGUGAUGUGUACAAUAUUUUUUUCUAAAUAAAUUGAAUUUUGCUGAAAA